AUGCAGGUCAUCCAUGCCGGUCUCUACUACCCUGCCGAUUCCCUCAAAACAAAGCUCUGCAUCCAAGGCCGCAAUAUGCUCUAUGAUCUGUGCUCCAAGCACGCCAUCCCACACAGGAAUACCAAAAAAUGGAUCGUCGCCCAAACAGCCGAGCAAUGGGAAUCCUGCCUGCGGGUCCACAAACAUGCACAAACCCUAGGCGAUGCUCCGACCCGGAUCGUCGGCCGCGAUGAAGCGGCCCGUCGCGAACCCGACGUCAAAGCGGAUGCCGGCAUUGUUGAGAGUUUAAGCACGGGAAUUGUCGAUUCACAUUCGCUGAUGACAUAUCUACAAGGAGACUUUGAGGACCGGGGCGGUGAUGUCGCAUUCAAGACGAGAGUUACCGGAGUCGAGCGCGUGAGCGAUGGAUAUGAGAUCACUGCCGUUUCGGACGAGGAUGGCUCCGUGACGACUAUCACAGCGGAGACUUUAAUCAAUAGUGCCGGACACGGCGCAUGCGCCAUCAACAACCUUAUUCUUCCAGAGGAACGACACCGAGAGCCGCACUACGCGAAGGGCACAUAUUUCUCAUACGGCGGAUCACGACCAAAGGCCUCAGUUCUCGUAUACCCUGCUACCGUGCCUGGCCAUGGAGGUCUAGGAACGCAUUUGACACUCGAUAUGGGAGGGCGUAUUCGUUUUGGUCCGGAUGUUGAAUGGGUGGAUGACCCUAAUGACCUUCAGCCUAGCGCUGCGCGUUUGGAACAAGCUAUUCCCGAGAUCUUAGCAUACAUGCCAGGCGUGGACCCUUCAGCCAUCUCUCUUGAUUAUUGUGGAAUUCGGCCCAAGCUAAGCCGAGGUGGGGGUGUGAACAUCGGGAAGACUUUCCAGGAUUUUGUGAUCCAGGAAGAGGAGGGAUUCCCAGGCUUUGUGAAUCUGUUGGGUAUUGAAAGUCCUGGAUUGACGAGCUCCUUGGCUAUUGGGGAGAUGGUUGAUGGGAUUCUCUACCGUUGA